CGUACCCAGCUAUCAAAUGCAAAAAUGUCUGGGUCUGGAAGGAUGCAAGGUUUGUCAUGCACAUUUUGCAUGACUUCUCCUGAUGCCUUCGAUGCAUGCCCUAGCAUCACAGAUCUUGUGAAGGCUUUCUGAUGCCUAUAACGCAUGAGAAAUGCCCUCUCGCCGUGGCCAAAACCAGACCUCUUUUGCUGUUCAUGCAAUACAGAUUCUUAGAUAAUGCAGACGCAGCAUCACAAGUUGCAUUGUACCAGACCCAGACAUUUUUACAUAUGAUACCAGCCCAGGGGUACGAGGGUUUGUUGGAGCUGGCGCUAUUGCAAGGAAAAAUCCCCCCUCCCCAUAUCAAAACGAAAUUUCUGAUGCUGGAUUUGUGUACACAAAUCAGCUUUGUAUUGCAGGAAUGCAUUGCGGUCAGAUCCCCAGACUAGGUAGGGCCGUACGGGUCUAGUUGCCCAGCAUGGCAAACGGCUCCCCUUUAAGCCCAACAGCGUGACAAAUCACUUCCAUAAUGGGGCGGAAGCUUCUGCCCUUGUCUUCUUGCAAGACGCAUGCGAUUUGUGACCUCAAAUCAGCAACACAGAUUUUCGGAAACAUAGCUUUUCAAUAUGGGGAGGGGGGAUUUUUCAUUUUGAUAGGCGCACAUGGGAACCUACACCCCGGAAGUGCCCUAUGGGAGUGUCAGCAUCGAAAUCGUCAAAGUUGAAAUAGUUUCUCAUGCAUAAAAUGCGACGCAGAGGGUGCCUCUACUGCAGAGGAUGCAAGGGAGGCAGAGUAUAGUCCGGCUACGGGUCAAGAGUUGUGUUGCUUAUUAGCAUGACAGAGGGACGAGCCCUUUUGCCGUAAACAGCAUGACAGACUUGCUUUAGUAGAGACAAACAAAAUUUGUCAUGCGCCGGCUAUAAACUGUUUAUGUCAACAUGCGCAGUCUGUUUAUGUCAUGCGCCGGCUAUAAACUGUGGGCCUAACAACUGGAGGUAUCGAUUUUAUGCAUAUACAAAUAAGUAAAUUUCAAGUUUGUCGAUUUUCAGUUCUGACGCUUCCAUAUGCCCUUUUGCCCUGAGUGGGGGCGGGUCGAGAACUACGACUACUACCUCGGAGACCUGUGCUAUCGCAAGAAAAAAGUGUUGCAGUUACACACAUAGUCUAUGCAGGCCACGCAAGACAGACCAGCUCUGUCAUGCCGGAUACGCAUAGAAGCCUCGUUCUUUCAUAGGUGUUUGCCCGUAGGAUUUCUGCAUUACAAGUUUUCUCUCUCAUGAGGAGAAAUUCUGCUGAAUUGACUACAGGUGUGUAACUGUAAACACUUUUUUCCUGGGAUAUGUGCCACAUCCAUCUGAACCGGGAUCCGUACGCCCAAUGGACUCUGAAGGACUACAAUACACAAAAUUGGAAUCCGCCGGACUCUGCGUCGACGGCCAUGACCCUGGAGCAGGUUAACCAGGCUUCCCGACUUUGCCAGCAAGCCCACGCUUACGUAAAUUGGUU